GUAUUCACAAUAUACAUUUUAUUUAAACAAUAUAAAUAUUUUAUUUUUACAAUGCACAAUGCAUUUUGUGAAACAUUUAAUUUCUUACCAGACGUCCUGUUGGAGAUACAGAUGAAUGAGGGUCUUUAACUGUUCCUCAGUCUUCACUGUCUGUGACCCAUCACACUUAUAAAUGCUAGAGUCGCCUCCACCUGCAGCUGCACCUGUGCUUUUGGUUCAUCCCAACAUUAAUACUGAGAUUAAUAUUUGAUGCUCCUCUCAGAGAAAGAUUGUCUCUCCCUGGAGAGUUUUGGUUCCUCCCAAGGUUUCUUCUUCAUCCACUUAAACCAACCAAUCACCUUUUAGGCACUAUAUUCUACAAAGAAGCUUUGGAUCAAAAUGUGUUGUGAAAAGCAUUAUUCCAAUAAAACUUAAAGUGAAUUACUUUUACUUUAUAAAGAACUGAAUUAUUAUAUACCGGGCGAUCUUUCCAAGUAAAGCAUCACUAGUCUGUUCCAACAUAAAUUUGCAGAUUGCAUGAGCAUUUGAAACUCUAACGUAAGCUGCAAAUCAUUUACUGUGACAAUGCUGAAGAACAAGUGAAUUGCAUCGGAUAAUUAUUAAGUACUAAAUUAUCCUUAAAUUAGGUUGGUUUAAAUAAUUUCUUGACUAAACCCAUUGUGAGUUUCUAGAAACUGCUAUUUUAGAUGACCACGCCUUGCCCAUAAAGUACUUUUGCACAAAAGCAUUAAGUCUUUACAAGGAAUCAUCAGGUUCACGCCUCAAACAGAUAAACCCAAGAAAAAUCCUUUUCUUAAAGCUUUAAAAAGUGACUUCUGUCCUUGAUUAAAUGUGCAACAUCAGCUCCAGAAACACUCACAGCUGGAAAUUAUAUGAAAGAUACCAACUAAAACGACCUGCCUGUCACAUCACAGCAAUUUUCUUUACUUAGGGAACAAUGAGGGUACAAGACUGGUUUGGGUGGAUGGAAAAACCUUGGGAGGAACCAAAAACUCAACAGGGCGAGACCAUCUUCCCCUUACACACAUUCAGACCAAAAACGUUUAAUUGUUAAAUGAAUUAAAAGUAUUAAUGUUGGGAUGAACUGAAAGCACAGGUGCAGCUGAGGUGGAGACGACUCUGGCAUAUAUAAGUCUGAUGGGUCACAGUACAGAAGGACAGUGAAGACUACAAAACAUCCAAGAACAAAUCAUCUGAUAUCAGAGAUGAAGAGCGUUCUCCUAGUGAAGAUGUUGGCGGCGUUGGCUCUGGUUCUGCUGGUGUCCAGUGCAACUGAGGGACGUAUCCUCAGAAAAUGUGAGCUGAAAAAGCAGCUCGAGGCGGCUCAGAUUCGGGUGAUUAGAGCCAUGGGAGACAAAAUGACCGUGGAUGAUCUCAUCGCAAAACUUGUCUGCAAGGCCAAUGGUUCAGGCUUCAACACCAGCUUUGUCAAAACCAUCGCCCCCAAGCCUAAAGAGAAUGAGAUCCACUCUUUUGGACAUCACAAGCCGCGGCCCGUCUGGCGGCUGUACGGCGUGUUUCAGCUCAGUGAUCAGGUGGCCUGUGAUUCUGGCAUGGUGCCGUCGCUCAAUGUCUGCAACAUGAGCUGCUCUGCUUUGAUUGAUGAUGACAUCACAGAUGACAUCGCCUGCCUGAAGACCAUGAUUAACAGCAUUAAACCUAAACCCAAAAAUGCCUCUGAUAUCACUCUUCCACUUGUAACGUUGAACACUAUUUUGGUGAGGGAGUGUCGCUUUGUGGUUCCCUCUCAUUAUUUCGCCGAGUGUCUGAAAGCAACAACACCAAUGCUGACUGAUUUCUAAGUGAAACAACAGUGUGAUUACUCUUCUGACCUGCUGUAAAACUGUAGAUUUGUACCAAUGAUUUACAGAAUCAAUAUAUGUAUAUACUGACUACCAUUACCUACAAUAUCGCUGCAUUAUUUCUGUCAAUCUAAAAACACAACAGUCUGAUGUUCCCAUGGCAACUGUAAAACUGGAGUUUUGAGUUUUUCGAGUCCUGCCCGUUCCACAGAUGAUUAAAUUGCUUAAUUUUCA